AUGAAUAUAAGUUCAAAAGAUGAAAAAAAUGAAGUUUACAAGAAAUUUCAGAGGAGAGCAAAGAAGGUAGCAGCAGUAGCGGUAGCAGUUGCCAGAGCCAAGGCCCAAGAGAAGUUGUACAACUCACUGGAUAGCCCUAGAGUCCAGAAGGAACUCUACCGAAUUACGAAAGAGAGAGAAAGACCAUCGAGAGAUGUAACACAUAUCAAAUACAUGAAAGAUGAGGCUGGUAAGGUGUUAUGUAGAGAUGAGGAAAUAAAAGAGCGAUGGAAGAUUUAUUUUGAAAAGCUUAUGAAUGAAGAGAAUGACUGGAAUGGGAUUGUCCAAGAGGCACAAGUAAAUAAGGGGUUAGUAAGAGAAAUAAGCAUGGAUGAGAUAAUGACAGCAGUCAAAAGCAUGGAAAAUGGGAAGGCUUUGGGUCCAGAUGACAGAAUGGACGGUGUUAAAGACUGA